AUGAGUGAAAAAGAUCAAAAUAAAUUAUUUGAUUCUUUUAUGGAAUUUUUACGAAGCGAUUUAUGGCAAAUUCCAGUCAGCCAGUUUAUUGAGCAACGCUCUAUUGGGUCUUCUCCAAACACUAUCGAGAAUUUUCAAGCAGUUCAUUGUGAAUUUGCAAAAAUGAUUUCCGAUUUGAUAAAAGCUUAUUGCGCAGAUUGCAACCAAAACAGAGAAGGGGUAAUGGAAACACUAAAAAUAGCUCAUAGAGAAAAGUUUCAACAAAUGUCCAACAAAGACAAAAUGUUGUUAGAACCAAUUGUAGCUUCAGAGCAUUUUGAUGUUUUUGUACCAAUGAUGAUGAGAAAAAAUAUUGAAUUACAAUUACAGGCAUUAAAAAUGAUUGAGGUUUUAAAUGAAUUGACAAAAAAAAUAAUCAAAGAAAAAUUUCAGCAACAUAUGAAAGGAUUGUUGCCAAGUUCACUUUUAUUGGGAGAAGAAGAUGCCAAAUUGUGGGAAGCAUUGGAUGCUGAAGAACAAGAUGAAAGUGAAAAGCUUAUUUUACUUGCUGUUUUAAGGCAAAGUAAAGAAGAAUGGGAAUAUGAUCAACGAAUGAGAGCCGAUUCUGAAGGGCAAAUGGAAAGGGCUUUGCGUGAAAGUUUAGCAGAGAAGACAAAUCUCGAGGAGAUGAGAAGAAAGGAACAAUUACUACUUGAAAAAGCCCUUAGUGAAAAGGCAAAUAUUUAG